AUGCAACAAGGCGAUUACACCUCCACCACUCCGUAUUAUCACAAUUACCCUCAAAACCCAAACCCUAAUCCCAUCACCACCGAUCUCCACCAUCCUCCGGUAACUUACGCCUCCGCACCUCCCUUCACCAACACCACUACUUACCAUCCUCCAACCUCCGAUUACUAUCCUCCUUACCCUCAACAGAAUCCCGAUCCUCUCCCUCCUACUGCCCCGUCUUACGCUCCUCCCCCUCCAAACCCUAAUCCACAACCCUCAAGUUUCCCCCAAUUCGAAGCGUCGCAUACUCCGUAUCAAUCUCAACAGCCUUAUAAUCCACCUUAUGAUCAUCAUCAGACGCCUCCCACUUACCCAUCUCCACCGGCGUCUUCGAUUCCUCACAAUCCUAUUCCUCUGAACCACAGUUCAAGCUUUCAGUACUCCUCGUCUCUGUAUAAUAAUCCACCGUCGGUUCCUAGUCAGGUCCCGGGUCCCGUAUACGAGAGUCCGUUUGAGACUGGUUAUGGUGGUAAUUACGGUAGGAGCUCAUCGGAUCUAGGGGCCGGGGGUGGGAGUGUUGAUUAUUAUGGGAAGCGACCGGAUGUGGGGAUGUCUAGGUUUGAAUCAAGCGGUGGGUAUGGAGGUGAUGGGUAUGGUGAAGGUGUUUAUGCUUAUCAAGGUGGUAAGGUCGAGCCCUAUGGUUCUAGGGGUACUGCGCCAAAGUCUUCUACGUGGAAAGAACAGAUUGUGAAGGCUGUACCAAAGGCUGAGACACGGGAAGAUGUUAAGGGUGGGGUACAGAAGUUCAGGGUAAAAUUGCUGGCUGAAAGUGGUGGCCAGAGCACCAUGGAUGUUCUUUGCCAGAUUGGAUUGGAUGGAAUCCGAAUGCUUGAUCCAUCAACAAGUCGAACUUUAAGAAUAUAUCCACUUGAUACUGUAACAAGAUGUGAAGUGUAUGACUCAUCCACCUUUGCAUUUUGGUCAAAGAGUUCUGUAGACAUUGAGCCAAGGCGUAUAAGGCUUCAAUCCAAUAGUUACACUACAAACACAUUAUUGGACACUGUUACAGCAGCAACCAUUCAGGUUAAGGAGAUGGGUGGAAGGAGUAGGCCUGCUGAUGCUGUUAAAGUGAAUGAUCAGUCAUCUGAAAAGAAAAAGGGUUUGGGUGAUUGGAUGAAUAUAAUUAAACCCCCAAAUGAGGAGAAAGAUCAUUGGGUACCUGAUGAAGCUGUUACAAAGUGUACUGGUUGUGGAACAGACUUUAGUGCUUUUAAUAGGAAGCAUCAUUGCCGAAACUGUGGAGAUAUAUUUUGUGACAAAUGUACCCAUGGAAGAGUUGCUCUUACAUCAGAAGAAAAUGCCCCUCAAGUUCGUGUUUGUGAUCGUUGCAUGUUGGAGGUUACUCACCGUUUGAGCAGUGCAAAAGAAUCUGCUGCAAGCCGAUCAUCUGGAUUGCAUAGUCAUGAAGAUCUUGCAAAGAAACUUCAGGAGGAGUUGGAAAGAAAUCACAAAUCAUCAUCAGUUUCCAAGUUUGAAGGGUCAAACAGGCGGAUGAAAGAAGUUGCAUGUCCCACCUGUACAGUCCAUUUACAGGUUCAAGUUCCUAGCUCAGGAUCCGAGACCAUAGAAUGUGGAGUUUGCCAGCAUCCGUUUCUUGUAAGUGCACGUUGACAUGGUCAAAAGGAUAUGGGGGAUUGUUCAUUUUAUUUUUAUUUUUAUUUUUAUUUUUUAUGGGGUUUAAUCUGAUAAUUCAUUGUGACUAGUAAGUAUUAUAUUAAGGUUUUAAGUAACUUGGAUUUGUUUGGGUUUGUGGGGUUUGGUUUCUCGAAGUAUAAUUCUAACUUUUGUUUGUAAAUUUGUUCUAUGAAAUAAGUGUUUUGUGUUUGUGUAAAAACGGUAGAUUGGGCUUCUGUGUUUGAGUUGAAUAUCGUGUGAUGGGAAUUAUUCAACAAAUUAAAUUAAAUAGAAAAAAAAAUAUUAAAUAGUUAAAAAGAAAACUCGUCAAGUAAGUGGG